AUGGCUGCCCCCCCAGACGUUCCCCCUCUGAAACCCGCCCCAGCCAAACCUCUCACGGACCUGGAUUUCCACUCGGGGGCCCGCAUCGAAGAGCUCCACCAGCUCAUCCAAGAAUACCACGCCAGGAGCCCCGGCCUCCGCGACGGCCCCCAACUGCACCAGGCCAAGGACCUGGUCUUCUCCCUCCUAGGUGUGGUGCAGAAUGCUGACGGGAAGCUCCCGGCCGUCAAUCAAUACCUGCUGCUCUCUGGGGGAAUCCAGCAAGGCACCGUUGAUGUUGACCUGGGUGUCCCACAUCACCUCUCCCCCGGAGGAGACUACGAUGUGGACUUCACCCUCCUGGUGCCCACCCUGCAUGCCGCUGGGGUCCCUGUCACCCUGGACAUGAAGCAGAGCCCCCCCGGCCACGCCCAGAUCAGCCUCCAGCCCUUCGAUCCCGCCACGCUGCACCGCUGGUCGGACUGUUGCCUGGGAGACGAGGCCUACCUCUCUGCCGAGCUGGUCUCUGACUGGUUCACCCGUGCCUUCACCGCCGCCGCCAAAGACGCGCGGGUCGAGCGCCGGGGCUGCAUCACCUCGGCGGUCAUCUCCGUCGGACCCUGUCGAGUCCUCUACGAUCUCGUCCCUGUCGUGGCCUUGAAGGGGUGGCCGGAGGUUGCCCGGCCGUGGCUGACUCAGGCUCAUUUCUGGGAUGGAAAGCUGAGGGACGAGGAAGUGGUUGGGGGCUUCUACCUCUUGCCCGCCACGUCCGGUGCCCGCUGGCGCCUGGCCUUUGCCACCAGCGAGUUGCAUCUCCGGCAGCUUCUGCCCCCGCCUUUGCUCCAGGCUUUCCGCGCAACCACAGCCGUCCUCAGCCGCCGUCUCCCCGAGGGCUUCGGGCCUUAUCACAUCUUCACCCUGGUGCUGCGGGCCUGUGAGCGGCUGCCUGCCAGCUAUCUGGGCCGUGAGGAGAACGCCGCACACGCCUGGCUCGGCCUGCUGGAUGACCUCUCGGCCUGCUUGGUCCAGCGCUGCCUUCCUCACUACUUCCUCCCCCAGUGGAACGUUCUGGAAGGCCUUUCCCGUAGGGACCUGGAGCGCCUGGCUCAGGAGCUGGCCGGAGUGAGGGCUGAUCCUUCCAGGCACCUCCGCCAGGCUGUGGAAGGGGCCAAAGAAGCCAAGAGAUUAGCCAAAGCUUUUCGAAACCAGAGUCUCUCCACAGUUGCCCCAUAAGGCCUUCAAAGAGAGUGGU